AUGGAGCCUGCCAGAGAAGAGGAGGAAGCAAAAAUCCAGCAACGCCAUGAGAUAGAUAGUGGUCGUAACGUUGAAUCAAAACGCAUCAUCAUCUGCUGUGAUGGUACUUGGCAGUCGGCCGUCUCGGGUGAAAGACACGUACCAUCUAACGUUACCCGUCUCUGUCGUGCCAUAAAUCCCAUUGGAAGUGACGCCGAUGGCAAGUUGUGGCAACAGCUCGUCUGGUAUGAUUCUGGCGUCGGCACCACGUCUGGAAGACUCGGAAAGGCCCUCGAAGGUGCCACUGGCACCGGCCUGGAAGGCAACGUCAUUGAAGCAUACAACUUUUGUGCCCUCAAUUAUAACCCUGGUGAUCAGAUCAUGGUCUUUGGAUUCUCACGAGGUGCUUACACAGCUCGUACCAUUGCCGGUGUUAUUACCGAUAUUGGACUUUGUCACCAAGAUGACCUAAACAAGUUUCCCGAACUUUGGACUCAGUAUAAGGAAUUCAAAGGAAAGAAGGAGAACAAGGGAAAGAGAUUUUUCCGCAGCAAAGGAUGGUAUGAGUGGAUGUGGGCGAAGGCCGAUGAGAAGCAAGGCGCAGGCGAUAGCAGCAGUGGGUUCAUCAUCAAGGAUGGCAAGCAUGGGAAUCUUCCUGAUGAUGACAUGUGGCCCAAGCUGGAUGCUGCUUGGGCGCAACAUGGAUCGAGAAACGUGGAGGUGGUGGGUGUAUAUGACACGGUCGGCGCUCUCGGUAUGCCUGAGGUGGCUGGAAUGAAGAUUCCGCAAGGGCUGUUUUUCUGGCAAGAGGCUCCGUGGCACAAUGUUGGACUUUCAACCAAUAUCAAAUAUGCCUUCCAAGCCCUGGCAAUUGAUGAAAGGCGCAAGGCAUUUGAACCCACCCUGUUUUACGUACCCCCGAAACCGGAUGUCAAUCUUGAAGAGAUUUUCGCGAGCGCAGAGGAGACAGCCAGAAAUGCGUUCUUGGAUGCUUUGAAUACGGCCCGGGAUCUGAAAGGAGUCAACAAAUCUCCUCCAACAGACCAAGCAGUCAAUGAUGCCGCUAAGGAUGUCAAUAAAAAAGCCGAAGCAUGGAACCACGCUGUGCGACGCUAUAUGAACUUCAAAGAUAAACGAAAACCCCCAACGAAGCUGGCACAGGUAUGGUUCCCAGGCUAUCACAUCAAUGUUGGCGGUGGUUCGUCAUCCACUAUGGGGAACAAGGGCAACAUGGAAGAGAUGUCCAAUAUCGCAUACGCCUGGAUGCUGGAUCGCGUCAAGCAGCACCUGUCGAUCAACGAGAAGCAUAUCAAAGCAGAAUACGAUACCCGAGAGGGUGUUUUCAAGGCCAACAAUGAGGACAGGAAAAAAUGGGAUAUUAUGACGAAGGAUGAAGGUUGGGGUGCGUGGAUGUGGCGCAGAUCAUCUGAGACGGCGUCAAGUAUCAUACAUCCGCGCACGCCCGGACCGGAGCCUCCAUUCAAGAAGGCAAGAUUCUAUGACUGGGGAACUGGUGAGAUGGAGGACAGCUUCACCCCGAUGUACUGGCUCAACCUUGAGCACAUUCGAACCCCUGGUCGAUACCACUUCAAGAAUGGUCACCGGAAUGAACCACUCGGCGAAACCUUCGAAUAUAUUCACCCUGUUGUCCAGUACAGAAUGGAACACGCAAAAGAUGAGAAAGGAAACGCUUCUUACGUUCCUAACGGACCCAAGUACGAGCGUAAACUGAUCGACGCGCAUGGCCCGAAUCCCUACUACGUGUGGCACUUAAAAUACUCCUUUGACAAAAAGUUUAUCACGCUGCCUGAGUGGGAGCUUGGUGCAGAUAAAUGCUACGAGCGCAGAGCAAUUAUUGGUAAGACUGCGGAAGAUUGGGUUGGACAUAUGGAUACGCUCUUGAAGAAAGUGGAUCCCAAGCCACGCCGGAGGCAACUACAUCCUGUUGAUCCUGAAGAUGAGCAGUCUACCAAUGGUGGACUCACUCACGGAAGCCUUGAUAUUAUCAACGAGGUUUCAUACCGAAGCCUUCGUUCCAAGACUGUCCAGUCUACUGUGAGUGAGAUCAACUCCUCCGAGCGUCUCGAAUCCUCCACACUGUAUGUCAUUUGA